AUGGAUGAAGGGAAUAUGGAGAGUCAACUAGAUCUCUAUGGUCCUGAAUUACUGAAUAGCAUAAAUUGCUCUGGUUUGCCUCCACAUAAAUUAAUACUCAAGGUUGGUGUUCCGGUGAUGUUAUUGAGGAAUAUUGACCAAUCCAGUUGUCUUUGUAAUGGUACAAGGCUACAAGUUAGGAAGCUUGGAAAUCAUGUCAUAGAACGUGAAGUUUUAACGGGUAACAAUGUUGGUCAUAUUGCUUUGAUUCCAAGAAUGAAUAUGGUACCAACAGAUGAAACCGUCCCAGUUAGAUUCCAACGAAGACAGUUUUCCAUAAUAGUAUCAUUUGCCAUGACAAUUAAUAAGUCUCGGGGACAAAUUUGA